CGUCACGCGGCCCUCCUCCUUCACCGGACUCCAAAGUUCCCUGAAGGAGUAAAACUCUCCAGAGAGGAGUCAAAGAGGACAGACAGAGACAGAGGAGUCAAAGAGGACAGACGUCAAAGAGACAGAUUUUCUUUUCUUCUUCUUCUUCUGUGGUUUUCUUUGCAGUUUUGCAGUCAUGCUGGACACGCUCACCUUCCUCCUGGAGAAGCUCUUCCUCCUCGCGAAUAUCAAGCUGUCCAGCCUGCUGCCUCCGCUGCGCGGCAGAGAGCACGGAGACGCGCCGCUCACCAGGCGCUGUGAGCGGGACGAGUCUCCUCCGCAGCCCGCCGGAGCUCCGCAGAGGUUCCAGCGGGGAGACCUGCUGGAGGUUCCCCGGACUCUCUUCACCCACUUCGGCAUCUACCUGGGCGACAACCGGGUGGCGCACCUCAUCCCGGACAUCCUCCCGGUGCUGACCGCCGACAGCAAGCAGAUCCAGGAGAUGGUGACCAACACGCGGCUGCUGCUCGGGGUGCUCUCCAAGCGCGCCAGCAUCCGCGUGGACUCGGUGGAGGACUUCGCGUACGGAGCCGGGAUCCUGCUCAACGCCAUGGACCGGGCGGUGCGCCGCAGCCCGCUGACCGGGGAGGAGGUGGCCCGGCGGGCGGAGCGGCUGGUCGGCACCGUGUCCUACAGCCUCCUGUGGAACAACUGCGAGCACUUCGUCACCUACUGCCGCUACGGCACGGCGCAGAGCCUGCAGACCGACCAGUUCUGUGAGUGGCUGAAGUCGCUGAUCCGGGACCAGCGUAACGUCCUGCUGACAGCGCUGCUGGGACUCCUGUCCAUGGCGUGUUUGGGAGUUUCCUCCAGCACCGCCCUGCCCACCCUCCUCAUCCCCUUCACCCUGUGGAUGGCCAGCUAGAAGCUCCUGGGCCACCGUCAGUAUCAGAGCCUCACUGCUGGAACAGUACGGCCAUGUUGGAACACUCACAGACAGGAAGUAGUCAUCUGCAAACAAAAUGACUUUCAUACUAUGUUUUACUACUAGUAACACAAGAAGGACUGAAGCGACGUGAUGUGUUUAUAUUUUCUGUUUGUUAAGAGUGAACAGAAGAAGAAGAGCAGGGUGGUUAGCAUGAGCAACGUUAGCAUGAGCAACGUUAGCAACCUGAACUAAACCGAUCAACAAAAGACAUUUGCUUUGUCAGAAAACAUCACCUAAUCCCGCCCACACUGUUUGAUUGACAUGUGAUGAUGAGCGCUCAGCAACAGAGACGACUUUAUAUCAGUAAGGACUCAGACUUCAAACUGACGUUAAACUGACCAAAGAUCAUUCAAUAAUUACUGCAUUUUACUGCAGCUUUUAUUUUGAAGGAGUGAUUGUGUUGUCUUCCAAUAUGGCAGCACGUCACAUCACAUGAUGCAUCCGGACACAGAAAACUAUAAUACUAUACUAACUACUAACUAUAAUGAUUCAUAUUUUUUCUCUAAUGCACAAAUAACGUCAGCAAGGUUUCAUCCUGAUCAGCCGUCCAGUCCACUUAUAUAGAUUAAAACCAUCAGUCAGGUUUAGGAUCAUUUGACUCAGACGAGAUUUGGGCGCUAAUUUAAAUUCAAAUUUUAAAGGAUAAUUCUGGUGGUAUCUUACCCUGUAAGUUAUUAAUACUCCGUCAGUCAGUCAGGGUCGUCAGAUCCAAAGAAUCAAAAGGGUUUUUCAUAAAAAUGAAUCCAAGCUGUGAGGAUUGUUUUAACAGGAUAAAGUUGUGUUGUGUUGGUGGCGGGGGCCAUGAUCCUCGAGCAUCAUGAAACAAAUGUCAUAACACAUAAUUGAUUUAUUAUCUGAAGCCUAAUUUUUAUACAGCAAUAUUCAGACUGGUUUAAAUAAACAGUUUGACUGUAUUUCCUGAUCUUUGCUGAGCAACAGUUUGUGUGACAGGAACUAAAGGCCCGUCCCAAAUACAGGCCUGUUGAGUUCAGUCAUCUAAGCAAAUAAUAGUCCGGGGCCACUAAUUGAAACGUUAUGGUAUUCUCUAGAGUUAACCGUUUAACGGACAUCCUAACACACAACACUUUCUACACAUAAAUGAAAUUCAAGCUCUGUGGCGG